AAAGCUUGAUGACCAAUGUCCAAGGGUAUAAUUGAAGUAACUCUUUUACAGAAAUGUUGGACUAAAUAUCCUUUGAACUCAGUAAGGUACGAAGACACCUCCUCUUGGAAUUAGUGUCCCCAGUUCCUGAAGCUGCUCUGCCAGUCCCAAGUAAUUUUUUUUAUUUAAUUCUGGGGAUGCAUCUACUUUGUAAAAUGCUAAUAGCAAUAUUUUCCUUUUAUUUAUAAAAUUGAGUAUUGUUUAUUGGCUGUAACUUACAGGUCUACAUUACAAGUUUAUCUUAAUUCUUUCUAAAACAUUUAUUUUCUGACACAUUCUGGAGGUUAUAGUUAUAGUAUUUAGAGCAUUUAUAGUGUUCACAGCAUUUAUACUCUAACUCAUAUUCAACCUUUCAUUUGAAGGCCCAAUCUUGUUAGUGUUAAUUUGGGAAAUGACCAAGAUAAAUUUACUGGACAUGAGUAAUGAAAUAAGUCACUUUAAAAUGACACUGUCUUCUUCAUUGUUCUCCAGAUAACAGAAAAAUGGGAUGAAUUUAAUGUCUCCAUUAAAGGGGCCAAGAUUUCUCUUCUAACAAGAGUGGACUUUAACAGCAUGCAGAGGAUGUCUUCACUUAAUGACACUGAAUUCCACCCCUCCAACUUCCUGUUACUGGGAAUCCCUGGACUCGAAGAAAUGCACAUCUGGAUAGGAUUCCCUUUCUGUACUGUGUAUCUGAUUGCGUUUGUAGGGAAUCUCAGCAUUCUCUUCGUGAUCAAUACUGAACAAAGUCUCCACCAACCCAUGUUCUACUUUCUUGCUAUGUUGGCCAGUGUUGACUUAGGUCUCUCCACAGCCACUAUUCCUAAGAUGAUGGGCAUUUUCUGGUUCAACUUGAAGGAGAUUAGCUUUGGGGGAUGCCUCACCCAGAUGUUUUUUAUCCAUAUUUUUACUGGUAUGGAGAGCUUUGUGCUUGUGGCUAUGGCCUGGGAUCGCUACGUUGCCAUCUGCCACCCUCUCAGGUAUAGUAUGAUCCUCACUAAUAAAGCCAUUGUCAUUAUUUCAGGGGUAGCUAUCCUGAGGAAUUUUUCUUUAGUAACACCAAUGGUGUUUUUAGUCCUCCGGCUGCCAUAUUGUGGUCAUCAUAUCAUUCUCCAUACCUAUUGUGAGCAUAUGGGAAUUGCCCGAUUGUCUUGUGCCAGCAUCAAUAUAAAUAUCAUUUAUGGCUUGUUUAUUAUUUGUAUAAUAUUUUUGGAUAUGACCCUGAUUGCCAUUUCCUAUAUCCAAAUUCUUCAAGCAGUUUUUAAACUUCCUUCUCAGGAUGCUCGUUUCAAAGCUCUCAACACUUGUGGUUCCCACAUCUGUGUCAUCUUAGCCUUCUUCACUCCUGCUCUCUUUUCAUUCCUCACCCAUAGAUUUGGGCACAAUAUUCCUCAUUAUAUUCAUAUCCUACUGGCCAAUCUAUAUGUGGUCAUUCCUCCUGCACUCAAUCCUGUUAUUUAUGGAGUCAGGACCAAGCAAAUCCGAGAAUGUUUCAUUCAAAUCUUCACCAGGAAAGACUAA